AUGCUUUCCAAGUUUACAGUUUGCAGGUUGCAGCGUACACUAAUACCACGACUGACGUCACAUUCAAUUCUGAGAUGAAGAACCAAAAGCCGCAGCCGCCGCCGCCGCCGUCGGCGACGAAAAAUCCUAACAAUACUACCACCAAAACUGUGGUGCACAUCGGCGGCAUUCUGGUGGAGUUUCCCUACCAGCCGUACGGCACGCAGCUGGCGUUUAUGAAUAGGGUUAUUGCGACUCUCGAUCGAGCGCAGCGGGAGGGUCGAUCUCACGCGCUGCUUGAGUCUCCGACCGGUACCGGAAAGUCGCUUUCUCUUCUCUGCUCCGCCCUUGCUUGGCAACAGAACUUCAAGUCCAAGAGCCGUCAUUCCAAUCCCACUUGCUCAAAGCCCGACCCGGAGGCCCUUGCUGAUCCCAUUGGUCACGGUGGUGGCUUUAUUCCGGAAACACAACCCUCAGGAAACCCAGAACCAGCACCAUCUGUCACAACAGCUGGAAAGAACCAGAAGAAGUUGACGCCCACUAUUUUUUAUGCUACGAGGACCCAUUCACAAAUUUCUCAAGUGAUCAGAGAGUAUAGAAAGACAUCUUACCGGGUCCCUAUGGGUGUGCUGGCAUCACGAAGACAUUAUUGUACAAACAUGAAUUUGCGCGGGAUGGACAAUAUUGAUGAAAAAUGCAAGUUGUUAUUAAAGAAUAAAGAAGCAGGUUGCUGUGAGUUCAAAAAUGCUCAUAAGGUCAAAGCCCAUCCAUCUCUUCAGAAAGGAGGUUGCCACGAGGCUCAUGAUAUUGAAGAUCUUGUCAAAGUUGGACAAGUUGUCAGGGGAUGUUCGUACUUUGCAGCAAUGUCCAUGGCUGAUGAUGCAGACCUAGUUUUUUGCCCAUACAACUAUAUCAUUAACCCAGUUGUUCGGAAAGCAAUGGAUGUGGAUAUCAAUGGGGCCAUUAUUAUUCUUGAUGAAGCCCACAAUAUAGAAGAUAUCUCCCGAGAUGCUGGUAGUAUGGAUGUUGAAGAACUUGUCUUGCUUCAAUUGUUGACUGAGCUGGAGCAACUUAAAGAUAGUGAUGCAAUGACUUACGAACCCUUGAUAGAAAUGGUGGAGGAAAUCAUAAAAUGGAUUGAUAGAAGGAAAGACAGUCUAGAAAGGCAUGACUUUCAACACUACUUUUCAUGUUGGACUGGUGACAAAGCUUUAAAGGAGUUACAAGAAGCCAAUGUGUCAAGACAGUGCUUCCCUAUAUUAAAAGAGUGUGCUACAAAGGCAAUUAGAGUUGCUUCUGAUGCAGAGCCAGAUGUAGCUCAUUUGAGUGGCAUGGCAGCAACAGUUCUGGAAGGGUUGUUCUCUUCACUUAAUUACUUCUUCUCAGAGAAUGGGAUUCAUGUAUGUGAUUAUCAGCUAGCAUUACGGCGUCAUGUCAAAAGAGUUGCUGGAACCGCUGUUAAUGACUGGACACUUACAUUUAGCUUAUGGUGCUUGAAUCCCGCUGUUGUCUUCAGAGAAAUUGCUGAUCGUUCUCUAUCUGUUAUCCUAACAUCAGGGACUUUGUCACCGAUGAACUCCUUUUCAUCUGAACUUGGUGUUCCUUUUAGUACUUCACUGGAAGCUCCACAUGUUAUAGACACUGAAUCACAGUUAUGGGCAGCUGUAAUCUCAAGGGGUCCUACAAAUUAUCCACUGAAUGCAAGUUAUAAAACAGCAGAUUCAUAUGCUUUCCAGGAUUCACUUGGUAAAUCUUUAGAAGAAAUAUGCAAGGUUGUUCCAGGUGGCUGUCUUAUAUUCUUUCCUAGCUAUAAACUGAUGGAGAAACUAAGUAGUCGCUGGCAAACAACAGGCCAAUGGGAUCUACUUAAUGCUAAGAAACCCCUUUUUGUUGAGCCAAGAGGAAGCCAGGAAGAAUUUGAAUCUGUUUUGAAGGGUUACUAUGCAUCCAUUCACCAGGGACGUAAACCAGUCUUGGGAAGAAGGAAGGGCAGGAAAUCUGAGAAGAAUUUAUCAGGAUCUUCUGAAGAUAAUAAGAAAGAAGCUGCUUUUCUUGCUGUCUGCAGAGGAAAGGUUUCUGAAGGCAUUGAUUUCUCUGAUGAGAUGGCUAGAGUGGUCAUAGUUGUUGGCAUUCCCUUUCCAAACAUAAAUGAUAUUCAAGUUUCACUUAAGAAGAAAUUCAAUGAUACAUAUAAGUUGUCCAAAAGCCUUCUUAGUGGGAGCGAGUGGUACUGUCAACAAGCAUUCCGAGCUGUUAAUCAGGCUACAGGUCGGUGCAUUCGACAUAAAUUUGACUAUGGAGCCAUUAUUUUUUUAGAUGAGCGCUUCUGUCAGGUGAGGAAUAGAGCAUACAUUUCAAAGUGGUUGCGGAACUCAAUUAAACAAUAUGACUGCUUUGAUGAUUCAUUGGAUGGAUUAAAAUCCUUUUUCAGAGACAUCAAGGACCGUAUUGGGAAGCCAGAUGAUGCCUCGCAAAAUUCUGUUGUUAAUCUUGAGGAUAUGCCUUCUGCAAAUAAGAGCAGAAUAUCCAGGAAAACCAAUCAGAAAGUGAAUAUUUCAACUCUGCCAGGGGAAAAAACAGAAGAAAAUGAUGCCAACAGAAUUCAAAAAUCUUCUGGCCUAUUCAAAAUUUCAAAGAUGUUCACAAGAUGUGACUUACCCAACAACCAAGUGAGUGCUGAUAUUCAGGGUUUCGUUUCUCCAAAUGAAAAGAACUCAAAGGACAGCAAAAGUUAUAUUGAUCUGGAAUGUGAAUCUCCAAAUGGCUCCAGUAGGUGCUCAGGAGAAGCAUACGGAGCAGCAUGCACUGGUGACCCUCAAUCAACCUUCGUAAUGGAAACUCCGGGUGUUAGUGGCACUAUUCAUUCAACUUCCCCCGAAUCUUUCUCCAAGGAAUAUUCCAAUUCAACAAUUAUUCAAGCAUCUGUUCAGGAUUUAAAUAACUUGACAUGUGAUAACAUGUCCAUAUCAGACGUGAAGCUGGAUCCUGAAUCAAAAUGCUUGGAGGUUACACCUGAAAGAAAUUUUUGUGCAGUAGGUAAUGGAAUAAUUCCCGAUGUAGAAUCAUCUGUAAGUUUUAGUGUGAAUUCCCGUGCAGAGAAAAGGAGAAAACACUUGGAUUUAUCAUCGGUUAGCCAUCUUGAGGGAGAGAAACUUGAUUCUGCAGUUGCCAGCACACCUAUUGAUGAUUGCUCUCCAUCCUCCUUAAGGAAGACCAAAGGUGAAAACUGGGGUAUUGAAUGUGAUUCCAUGUUUAGACUGUCAGAUGAGAAUGGGUCCAAAUCUCCUAGGUCACAAACCCGGAAUCAUUGUGAUAAAUCAUAUUCGAAGUCUAGCCUUGCUAUGGACAAGAGACUACAGAUUUUUUGCUCUAGUUGCAGCAGUGCAUUGGGGAUUCCUGAGAACAAUUUAAUAGUUAAGUGCUCAAUGACUUCAUCAACAAAGGUUCACCUAAAAUCACUUUGGAAGAGGAAAUCGGAUCCUGAUCUGAGAACAUCAAGCAUUCCUAUUUUGGUAUCUGAUAUGGAAUCAAUUAAUCAGCGAAUCUACAAUAUAACCCGCGAAAGUAGUAUUCCUGCUCAGGGGAUUUGGUGUAAAGAUGAUGGAUGUGUAUUCAAAACUGUCUUCUGCCCCUUCUGUGCCAACCCCAACAAUUGUCUUGGAUUACAGGUCAUGGCUGCUGAUGCAUCAAAUGUCCAAUUUCUGAACAAGAUACUAUUUUAUUCUGAUUCCCUCUUGAUAAAGGCAGCUGAAACAUCAACAACGGAUUUGUCCCCAUGUCCUGGCUCUACCACAUGUGAAAAAACUGGCCCUAGUUCCAUUGAGAAUUUCUCUCACACUCCAUAUCAAAGUCCAACAUGUGUGAAGGCUGAUCCUAGUACCAUUGAGAAUUUCUCAUACACUCCAGAUAAAAAUUCUACAGGAUGGAGAAGCACAAAGUCAAAGAUGCGAUUGCCAAAGAGAGGCCACCUUUAAGUGCUUUCUACAGUUGAUGGAUGGGGGCUUGAAAUAUCACCAUUCUGUGGAUGGCUGUUGAGUCAAGCUCUUCCUACUUUUGCCAAGGUUCUUCCAGGAAAGCACUAGGAUGGAAUAUAUGUUUGUGGCGAUACAUAUUUUUUUAACAUUUUAAUUGUGAGUGAUUAUUUUCAUGAUACUACAAAAAUGAAAAAUUGAAUAUAUGAGAAAAUUAUAUUGUUUAAAAUAAAAAUCUAGAUAAAUAUGUUUGG